CAAAUCUCAUCUCACUCUUACAGUCUUACUAAUUGAUUGAUCGAUCAUGUACGCCCAACAAUCAACACUUCUUGAUUUCCCCGUCUAUCACCGGAGUUCAAGUUUCAGCACUCUGUUUCCAUGUUUAACCGAUACGUGGGGAGACUUGCCGUUGAAAGUCGACGAUUCCGAGGACAUGGUUAUUUACGGGUUUCUCCGUGAUGCCUUAAGAGAGGGUUGGUCUCCCUUCAACGUCGAAGUUAAACCUGAGGAAAUUGAGUCGGCUACGACUACCACGACAGAAAUUGAGCCAUCUCCAGCGGCGGCGCCGGUAAAGGCGGAAAAUUUAUCGGUUGAUAGACCAAGUCCAAGAGGUAGGCACUACAGGGGAGUACGACAACGACCUUGGGGGAGGUUUGCGGCGGAGAUAAGAGACCCGGCUAAGAAUGGAGCCAGAGUUUGGCUUGGAACAUACGAAACGGCUGAGGAGGCAGCCGUGGCUUAUGAUCGAGCCGCUUAUAGGAUGCGAGGGACACGGGCUCUGUUGAAUUUUCCUCAUCGUAUUGGAUUGGAUGAGCCGGAACCGGUUAGGAUAACGGGUAAAAGGAGGUCGCCUGAGCCGUGUGGCUCAUCGGCUAAUUCCGAGAGUGGCUCUCCAAAGAGGAGAAAGCAAGUUGAGGUGGAGAGUCAAUUAUUAGCUACAUUGGAAUUUGAAAGCAACUUGAUAUAAAUGGCCAGUUGUCGAGUAAUUACUGGUUAGAUAAAAGAAGAUAUGGUGUGACAAGUCAUUAUUAGAACUAGGGAUUUUGUUUCUUUCAAGUUGUUUUGUUUGUUUUGUUUUUUGGCUCAUCCUUAAAGGAGUGUUUGGACGAGUACAAAAUGUA